GGUUUCUAUCCCGGAACCAAAGUAAUGUAUCAAUAAUUCUAGGGAGGAAUUUUGUCCGUCGUGUGUUGUGGAGGUCAAGUCAAGGCUCAGGUUCUGAAGGAGACCCGGUGACAACAUUAUUGACCAAUCAUGGUGAAGAAGAAGCGCAUCCGCCUUAUCGCUGAGAUGGCCCGGAAGAUCCGUGUGUACCGGGAGCUUAAGAAUCGGCCACGGGAGUCUGAGAAGUAUGCACUGGACUACGACACCAUGACGCGACCGCACACCAGGAAGACCCUGCCCGUGCUUGCCUGGCAGGACGUGAGGAGAGAGAGCCGUCUCUUCUCCCUGCUGUCUGGCCUCAGGAUGUUCGGGGUGGGCCACCUGUUCACACGCAAGUCCUGGCUGACAGAGCACCCUGAAGCACCUAGCUACUGGCAGGUCACCAAGGUCAAGGUGGACUACACUGCAGAAAACAUGGACCACGGCAGAGCAUGGGGAGUCCUGACCUAUAAAGGCAAGCAGGAGAGUGAAGCGAAGGAGAUGGACAAGGUGAUGUACCAUGACUGGCGUCUGGUGCCCAAACAUGAGGAGGAGCAGUUCAAACUCUACAACCCUGUUCCCGAGCCCCCCAUACGCUAUGUGUCGUACCCGCCCCUGCUCCGUGCCAUGCUCCUCGCCCAGCGGCAGAAAGAUGAGCUAGGGUCGGCAGCUGAGGAGCCAACCUUACCCCUAAAGAGGGAUGUCCUACUCAGCAAAGAGUACUUCAGAAGUCAGGAGAAAAAGAGGGAGAGGCAGGAGGGGACAGCAGUGUGAGAGAGGGGUCAAGCGGAAAGGGGGUGAAAGGUUACCAUCAAGGGACUGAUGUCAACUUGGAUAGAUCAUAGGCUGCGUUCUGUUUCUCAAAGUAUUGAAUUGGUGCAAGCAUGGAGUUUUGACCAUAUCCUUUGCACCAAUCCUUUAAAUCCAUGAGAAGGUGUAGGAGUGCACAUCUCAGGAAAAGGGUAGAGCAUUGGACCACAGCUAUAGCCGUUUUCCUUUACAUUCAUAUGAGCCUUCUAUAACAAUUCCACUGAAUAGAAAGAAUUUGGAUUAUCAGAUGGACUUGAGUGACAGCUUGCUGUAAGGUUUCCACAACUGGCACUUGUCUCUUGUGCAUAUUGUGAUGUGAUGCUUGUGUGUUUGUAUUGUAAAUAGUAAAAUAUAAUACUACAUUAUGAAAAGAAUGGGCACUCUUAGUUUUUCUUAAAACGGAUUCAUUCUAACUGGAUGACUGGGUUAAGAUCGAUAAUAAAUAAAAACUAUUGUCCCACCCAUGUCAAAGCAAUUAUUAUUCCAUAUCCAUCUCAACAACUCUGAUGUGUGUUUUUUUUAUCAAAGUUGCCAGGAUGUCACUUGUCCUACUCAAAAUCAGUACACUCGUAACAAUUAAAGCAUUGCAAAACUUCUAUUCGAUCAAAUAAACCUUUUGCUUGAUACGGGCUAAAUGAAAUACAUGUUUUUGAACUCCUAAGAAUGUUUCAGGUUAAGUACAUGUUCGCUCAUGGAUCUCCAGUUGAACGUGUUCCCGCAUAUAAAUACUUAGGCGUAUGGAUUUGACGUUCAAAAACAGAUUGUGCUUUUCUCUAAGCAGUGAGAAGCAGAUUAUUCAGUCAACCUUUUUAUCUGUUCUUGAUUAUGGUGAUAUUAUUUAUCAAAGUGCAGCUUCUACUACUCUUAAACCUUUGGAUGCCAUCAUUUAGUGCCCUUCGUUUUGUGACAGUUUUGAUACUCAUCACUGCAUCCUGUAUCAAAAAGGUUGGCUGGACUUGGCUGAAGACCUUUAUAGAUCUCUACAUUAGUCCCUGUUUUUGUUUUCAAGGCCCUACUUCAUACUUCUGUCAUAUCUAACUUCUGUUGAAGCAUAGACACCUGAGUUGCCUAAUCCGUUCACAUGAUUAACUCUUGAUGUUCUGUUGCCAUUCAGGUCAUUUAAAGUAUUGAUUGAGGACGUAUUUGUGGAGGGAUGUCACUUUGUUUUACAAUUUUUGAAUUGUUUUUAUAUUUUUUGUUUUGAAUCUUUUAUUUUAGACAGAUUUCCUAAUAUAAUGUGUACCAUUUUUUCCAGAUGAAGUUGAAAAGCAUCUGGUCAACCGCUUUACCUAUUUUGUUGUCAAGAUGUAGAGACUGGGCUGCAUAAGUAGGUCUGGAGAUACCUUCAGCUUUAGAAAGCAAUUCUCAACCUUUCAAGAAUAAAUCGCUCUGCAACCAA